AUGGAGCAAUCAACAUUUACAUCUAUCGAAUUAGCAGCAUUUAGCCAAGAAACUGUUCAAGUCACUGAAGAUGUCUCGAUCACAUAUCAAGAACCUAUUCCUCAAGCAUCAUUAACUAUACCUAUUCCUCGGUCACCUUUGACUCUAUAUCAAGAGCAUACUCCUCAGACACCUUUGACUCCUCAAACACCUUUAUCCCCACCUUUAACACCAUUAACACCUCGUAGUCAUUCGGGAUCAGUACUUUUAACGUUAGAAGAAAG